AUGUCAUCACGCACACGCAAGUCUGGAGAGCAAUCGCUAGGAAGAAUCAGGGCCGCAAAAAUGUACCGGACUCCGAUGCGGCCCAGACUUUCCCCGGAUUUAUCUCCGGAGAUUGACACCCCUCGGCGGGAGAGUUCGCCUGAUAGGUCCAGCCGCUCCUGGUCUCGGGGUCGCUCCCCAGGCAGGCGACGCUCUAGGUCCCGGGGCCGGUCCCGUUCCAGACCGCGUCGUUCCAGAUCCCGUGGUCGCUCUCGAUCUAGACCGCGUCGAUCUAGAUCCAGGUCCCGGGGCCGCUCUCCUGGCCGUUAUCACCGCUCUGGACGUUCUCGCUCCAGACCCCGCCGGUCUCGUUCUAGACCCCGCCGGUCCCGCUCCAGGUCUCCUUACUCCCGUCGCCGCAGCCCUUCCCCCUACUCCCGCCGCGGGCACGAAUCCCACAGUUACAAGAAUGAGCGAGAGAGCAGCGACUUGCGUGACUACUCCCCCAGUUACCUUUCUGGUAAAGUCGCCGAUAUUCCUUCCUCCCGAACGGACCCCUUACACAUGCCUCCUGAACACCCCUCCUUGGCAAGCCUCAGAGCUACUGAAGUGAGGCGAAGCUCUGCAGACAGAUCUCCAGAUAUAAGGGGACUGGGUUCCAGCAUUGUGCCUGACAGUAAAAUGGGCAUUUACCAGGGCACUACUGACUCCCAACACCAGCCUGGUUAUGCGCAAGCAAUACCAGGCCUUCAAGAAGAACUUAGUGAGUUGAGGCGCCCCCUAGAUGAACCACUGCCCAUGCCCAAGUCUAUUCUGAAAAAGCGUGCUGAGCCUGAACAGAUGACUGGUGACCCUUCUAAUAAGGCGACUGGUUAUUUAAAUAGCAAGGAAAUUCCACUGCUGGGAAGUUUUAGCUCUUCAGAAUCCUCUGGGGUUUCUGCCAGCAGAGCAGUCGUACCACAAGGAGCAGCUGGCAAGCCUAUCCAAUCAGACAGUUUGAGCACCAGCAGGAUGAACAUCCCUACUGUGGCCCCACAAGGCAGCAUUUCCAGACCUUCUCUGCCCCAGUCAGAUAAUAAAGUACCAGAGUUAGGAAAUAAAAAUGGCAGCCAGCUGUCACAUGGCCACAAAAUGGAUAAUUUUCUGUUUAGCAGCGAUCCCAUGAAACACUUUUCAGACCCUGCCGACCCUUACAAAACAACUGAAAGAAAAGAUUCCUUUCUUUCGCCACACGAACAGGCUAAAGAACAAGCCAAAACCUUAUUUCCUAUUACUGAUAAAAUAAAAGAAUCCACCGGAGGUCCAAAGAACCAAAGGAACCUUUCAGAAGUAGAAGAUGAAGAGUUAUUCCUUUAUGGUGAUGAAGAGGUGAAAAAACAAAAUGAGGAAUCAUCCAAAGCUGCCCCUGCUGUAACUCCUGCAACCCCUCCUGCAAAAAACAACCCCAAUAACCAGGAGUUUGAGAAAAUUCAUGAUUUGUUAAAGACCAUUGGCUUGGAUAUUGGUGUGGCAGAAAUUGGCAAACUUGCUGUCCGAACCCAGGAGCGGCUUCAUGGUAAGAAACCAGCUCCACAAUCUGCUCAACCGGUGUACAAACAGCCUUCUCAGUCUGUAUCUAAGCAGCUUCCCCAAGCAGCAUCCAAACAGCCGAUACCAGCAACAAAGCAGCCACCCCAGCCAGCUUCAAAGCGACCAGUACCCAGUCAACCUUCUAAACAACCACCAGCAUCUCCCCCUGUGGCCCCGAAGCCAUCUCUUCCAGCACCCCAACAGAAACAGACACCUGAGCUUCAACGUAGUACAAGCAAUAUAGCCUCUGCUGAUUCAGGGUCCAUAACUCGCUUAGCUCUGGCUGGAAAAAAGGUUAAUGAAAGAGAGCCUUCUCGGUCACCCAUAAUAGAACAGGUGUCUAUGCCCAUUCCUGUUGUUAAAGAGAAGACCCCACCCAUUCCUGCACCCAAAAUAGAAAUACCAGUACAUGCAACCACAGCAAAUCUUCAGCCAGAGCAAGCACCUCCUUCUCCGAUUUCCAUGUAUGCUCCAUACCCACAAACUCAGAUGGUAUCAGGAUACGGCAUGCCUCCCUCAGUACCUCCCCCUAGCUACAAUCCCUACAGUCCCUAUGUAGCCUACCCAACCUCAAGUUGGUCAAUGUAUAGCCAAAUCCAUCAUCCUCCCCCUACUCACAUACAACCACCAAGUCACAUGGUGGUAGCAUCUCCUGUCCCUGUUGUUACACGCAGCAAUCUCCGUAUUAUUGAAACAAACGAAGAUGUACAAGUUCCUGCCAAAAUGUAUGCUCCUCUUUCUACAAGUGCACCAGCAAAAUUAACUCCCACCCUUACAAAACCAGAUAAGGAUCGCAGAAACAAGGAGACUGAAAAAAUGAAGGUGCUGGAUGAGCUGGAGGCUAUAAAGAAAGAACAGGGCAAGCGGAAGGAGAGUCUGAAUACUCUAGUUGCAAAGGUAGAGCAGCUUCGACUCCAGCAAGGGGUUCUUUUGAGAAAAAAGCAACGAGAGAAAUAUGGGCACAAGGACCCUCUUCUGGAGGAGCUGAACUCUGUACUAGAUAGCGCACAGAAACAGAUAAAGGCUCUGAAUUUGGAAAUUGGUGAUGCCAAUAAAAAACAACAGCAGCUUUCUAAAGUGGCAGAGAUUCUAGGUAUCAAACCUACUGAACUGGCUGUAAAACUUGCCUCUGAGAAGACUUCUACAAAGAAGAAUAAAUCCCCUAGUCCACCCAGCCCUGUGUGCUCCAAGGGCCCUGACACCGACCUCAAAUCCAUCUCUGACACUAAGGUAUCCUCCACUAAGACCUGCAAUGACCCACUGACUAAGGAUGAGGAAAAGCACAGCAGUGACAUUGAAAUUAAAUACAAAGAUAUAAAAUCUAGCACUGAGUCACAAUCCAGGGAUUCUUCGAGCUCUUCAAGCAGCAGUGGAAAGGGUGAUGAACAUUCAAAGCACAGAAGUUCUUCUCCAAAAUCUCCGAGAUCUAGCUCUGACAGAAAUGGCUCAGAGCCAAAGAAAUCCACUUCUCCAAGGUCAAGAGAUGAAAAGUCAAAGUCCAGAAGCCCUCAACCCAGUCAGUCGUCCCCUAGUACUGCAUUCCAAGUUGAUGCAAAACAUUCCUUUGAUCUCUCUGAAUUGUUUGAAUAUUAUGAUGGUGGAAGCCAUUGGUGUGAGAAAUGCAACUUCGUCCAUAUGACGCUAGUUGAUUUCUUGUUGCACUUGCAUGGUACAAAGCACAUAGAGGCAUGUGGUAACAAAGAAAAACACCCCUGGGCUAAGGACAGUGCCCCUAAAUUGAAACAGCGUGGAAAACAGACCAUUUCUCUUCCGCUUAGAGGCGCAGAGUUCCUGCUUCCUACCAAUGCAUACUACUGUGAGCUAUGUGAUGAGCUGUGUGCAGAUCAAAGUGCUGUAGAGGAGCAUAUAAAAUCAUUUGGUCACAAUAAUAAAUAUAAGAAACAUACGGAAGAAAACCCAACCUAUGAAGGAAUUAGACAGGAAAUGAAGAAAACUUGUUUGGCUGCCAUUAAAGAGACAGAGCGAAAGCAAGAGCUGGCGCAAAAGCAAGAGCUGGCGCAAAAGCAAGAGCUGGCGCAAAAGCAACAGCUGGCGCAAAAGCAACAGCUGGCGCAAAAGCAACAGCUGGCACAAAAGCAACAGCUGGCGCAAAAGCAACAGCUGGCGCAAGUGCUGGCGCAAAAGCAACAGCUGGUGCAAAAGCAAGAGCUGGCGCAAAAGCAAGAGCUGGCGCAAAAGCAAGAGCUGGCGCAAAAGCAAGAGCUGGCGCAAAAGCAAGAGCUGGCGCAAAAGCAAGAGCUGGCGCAAAAGCAAGAGCUGGCGCAAAAGCAAGAGCUGCAGCAAAAGCAAGAGCUGGCGCAAAAGCAAGAGCUGGCGCAAAAGCAACAGCAAGAGCAACAGCAAGAGCAACAGCAACAGCAAGAGCAAAAGCAAGAGCAAAAGCAACAGCAAGAGCAAAAGCAACAGCAAGAGCAAAAGCAACAGCAAGAGCAAAAGCAACAGCAAGAGCAACAGCAAAAGCAACAGCAAGAGCAAAAGCAACAGCAAGAGCAAAAGCAACAGCAAGAGCAACAGCAAAAGCAAGAGCAAAAGCAAGAGCAAAAGCGGAAAGUAGAGGAGAUUGUAAAUGAAAUUAACCAAGAAAAAUCCAAAAAGUUCAAGAAAGAGGAGGAAGAAAGUCAGAAAAGAAAGCUUAUCGAGCCAGUUAAACCAGACCCUAAGCAAAUUUCUAAACCAGAGAAAGAGAUGCCUGCUAAAACAUUUGGCAAGUUCACCUGGGGGACACCUGCGAACAAUAGCCAGAUAAGUACAGCUUCUGCUACUGCUUCUACCGCAUCAAAAGUUGAAAGCUUAUUCGUUACUCCUGAGAAACUUAAAGAGGAGGAUAGUAAAGUUCCUCCAGCUAAACAAAAGGCAAUUGAAAUAAAAUUAUUGGGUAAACCACCUUCUUCCCAAGGAAGCACCUGGACUUCUGCAACUAGUAAAGUUACAACUUCUGCAUCACCAACUUCUGUGACACAGGGGUCAGUACGACCCAACUUGCCCAUUCCUAUGGCAGUGCUUAGGAAAACGAGUAGUUCAGCGCCUGUAAGCAAACCAGCCCCUCUUAACGCCUUUUUAUCUAUAAAAUCCUCAAGUUCUUUUUCAAAACCUUUGCCAGUUUUGAAAUCUAAACCAGAGGGAGUGUUACCACAGGAAGUGAUUUCCAAAGCAUUUGGAGGCCAACAAGUUUUCCUGAAGGAAACAAAUUAUGGAGACAAAAAGCAAGAGGGGAUCCCGAUUAAAACUUCAUCUGAGCCUGAGACUAAAAAGGCAAAUGAAAUUACCCCAAAUAAGAUGGCUGAGAAUCAAAAGACCCCUACAGCAAGCAGUGCAAAUGAAACACAGAAGCUAACAGAAUCUCCUAAUUUGUAUGAUCUCUUUUCCACUAAACCUGAACCAGGUCUUUGCAAAAAGUUGGUUUGCAUUACUCCAGACAAAUUUGACUUCAGACCAAACAUCCCAAACAACGAACAGAAAAAGGUGGACUAUAUUCCUUUGAAACCAGAUGAGAGUUUGAAGACUCCAUUGGUAACACAGAAAGCUAAUACUACUUCCAGCUCCAAGGCAGUCCCAAUUUCAAGCAGUACACCCAACGAUCAGAAUGAUUCAAAAAUUAAAAAUAUAUCUCUAAUUUCUAGUGAAAAGCCUCGUGUUCAAGUGCCCAGUUCUGUGGCACCGUUUAGUCCAACAAUGUUUGACAAAAAUACAUCUGUUAAAUCUGACAAAGCAGGGUUAAAAUCAGUGACUGUUUCAGGAAGCACUUCUACAACUAAACAGAAAGACACGCCAUUUGUGGAUUCAAAAAUUGUCACUAAGCCUUCAGAAUCCAAGCCAAAUACUCCUGUUCCUAAAAGUUAUACUAACCCCUCAAAACCUUUAGCUAUCAAGCCAAGUUCAGCAACUUUAACAUCCAAGCCCCUAAGUGCUUCACAGCCUCCAUCAAAGCCUUUUGUAUUCCCUGCAUCUACUACCCCAAAGGUGCCUCCGACUAAACAUGUGUCCAGUUACAGCAGUACUGCACAGCUGAAUCAGAAGUUUAAAAGGGCUCCCCUUUCCCUACCAACAUCUUUGUUUGCACAUGUGUCAGAUUUUGCUUGUAAUGAUAUCAAGAUAACCUCUACAGUAGCUCAAAAAUCAUCAACAGUAGCUCAUAAUUCAUCUACACUAGCUAAUAAUUCAUCUACAGUAGCUCAUAAUCCAAGUGUGAAUAAAGAGAGAGGCUCUGUGAAAAAAAUAGAACAGACCCAAGUUAAAAAGCAACCAACUGCUGUAUGUAAACCUGAAGCUAGUAAAAAACUGCAGGAUGAACUGGAUUCUUACUAUAAAUUAAUUUCUACUGAAGAUGACCCUGAAGAUUUGACAACUUCUGAAGAUCAAGACAUGGCUAUGGAGGAAGCUACAGUGACUCCUACACUUGUUCAAAUAGUAGAAGCCCCAGCAAAGAAGGUUGUUUCAGAAAUUUCAAAACCAACCGUACUACCAGUAGCACAAGCAGUAUUGGCCACAGAAGAGGUAGAUGAUUCAGAUAUGGCUUGUGAGGAUGCUCCAGAAGCUCCUGAUACAUCCUCAUGGCCGAGUUCCUCUGUUCCAAGUACUGUUUAUGGACAUGGGUUCUUUUCAUCUUCUUAUGGUGCCCAUAAGGCACCAGUGACUGCAAACAAGUACAGUCCUAAACCAUUGUAUGCUACAGGACAGCUAGAUAAGGUUUCUUCAAACAAAGGCCCAGGACAAGGGGCUUUACCAGUAGCUGAUUAUACAAUGGAAGAGGACUUAUCUGUAUUAACUACCUGUGACGAGUCUGAUUAAACCAUAGAAAAGGGUAAAAUGCACCUUGUUAAUAUUAAGAGUUGAAUAGUGUUUUCCUUACUCCUGUCCUCUAAGGUAACCUGUGUAUUUCAUGAAGUUUGGGUAUAUGUAUAUAAUGUUACCAGUUUAGCCCUUAGCCACACUAAUUCAGUAGAUCAGUAAAUGGUACAUUACUUUUGAGCUUUUCACCUAUAGAUCACUGUGGGAAGCAUUUUCCAAUUUUUUUCACAGGCAUCGAUAAACACAAUGCAGUGGAAAUGCCGAGAAGACAUGCAAUGAACCUGGUCGUUCUGGUCCUUUAGUAAAAGAACAAACGUGACCACCUAGGAGGACCUUUUCUCUUGAAGGAAAUGUUUUGUUUGUGUAUUCUGAUGGUCUUUGUGUUCUUUACCAAGCUUGUAUAUAUUGCCAUAAAUAAUUGUAUUAGAAUCAUUGUGUAGAUAUGUGUCUAAAGAUGGCCUGAUCUACUGCACAUGGGGUAAAGGAUCAAAGCCCUGAAAUAUCUUUGAUACUUAAUGGUGUACUUAAAGUUCAUCUUCAAUUCAGUGUACUUAGUUUAUUGUUUGAGUAUUAAUCAUUUUUGCUUCUGUUGUCAAAAUAUUUUUCAUUAUUUUUUAACCUCACUGUUCAGUGUCUAUUUGCAAUUGUUAUUGUACCUUUAAAAAAAGUUGGCUUGUAAAUACUUAAAAUGUUAAUUUAGGUCCUGCUGUGAAAUCUGUUAAAUGUUUACUUAAAGAAAUGUUGUUUAAAGUUGACCAAUGAACCACUUAUAGAGUUCACUUUCCAGUUUAUAGAGUUCACUUUUCCAGUUGUCUUGUUCCUGAAUAUGGAUGCCUGUUAUGCAUUUCAGAUCUCAGUUUCUGCUGGAGAAUACAAGUUUUGUUGUAAUAAUGUAAAUUUGUUGAUUCUGAUCACCUUGCAGUUUAUAUGUACACAUUUUUUUUGCAUGUUUCUUGUACUAGUCCUUAUCAAUUGUUCUUUUUUUUCUCUCUCUUUAAUUUUGAAGGAUGUCACGUUGCUGUUACAUUGCCAGUAAAUCUGUUCAUUGAAUGUGGACUUGCGGCCCUAUCAUUUUCUGAAGCUUCCUUUACUUGCAGUUCUGUGUUAGAAUCUCAUGUAAAGAACAUUGUUUGCCGACACAUUGGACUGUGCUAGCCUUCAUUUGACUGCAAACCUACUGUGACCUGAAUUGCAGCUUUCAGUCCAUUGCACCUGUUAAAAAUGAUUACUGCCACAUAAUGUGUUGUUCUAUUAUAUCAUUUUUAAUAAAAUUAGGUGAUCCAAAA